GUGCCGCUGCGGUGUCGCUUGUUCCGAACGUGCGUGACGCACGCCGCACGCCGCCCGACCUGAUGCGAAACGAGCGUUCCCGCUACUCCCGAGGACGCCGGCUUCCCGAUUUGGCAAAAUAAGCUCGCCAGCGGCCGCGCCGCAUUCCGAUUACCCGUUGUCUUUUAAACUCUGGAGCGGUGUCCAAUACUGUGUCGCUCUUAGCUCUAAGACUAGGCAUCCCUACUCUCAAAGUACUUAAGUAAGAGAACCAGGCUCCAAAGUAGAUAGCUAGUACAAGCUCGUAGCUGGCAGGUCGGUCGGUCGUGCCUGACGCCUGUGGUUGGCUCGAGACGCAACGCGCAUGUGGUUUCUAAGACGACCGGCGCCUCCCGAGGAGUUGGUCUCAGGCCUAGUCUCCGCAACUUUGGAAUUGACUUCCACCAGAUACGCGCGGUUUCAAACUCGACUUGCUGGUGUUGACAAAACAUCGCUAGAAAUUGCAAACAGGUCUACGACAGUUGUGGCCACGCACCUUCAAGAACUUGGCUUGAUACUGAUUGGUAUCAUUUGGAAACCUUCAAUCAACUAACUCCAAUUGAUCUAGGUGACGCUGAGAGUGAUCCUGAUGAAAGCAGAGGAGCCCUUGUUGCAGCUGCGGCUGCUACGCAACCUGACUUUGCUGCAGGCUUGGUCUCGUGCCUUGAUCUUUUGCCAUUAGAACAACGUAAAAGUGCAGCGCAUGUGUUUGCCAACUUGGUGAAUCGAACAGAUACUACUGAAUUUGCUACAGUAAUUGCAAAGAGCCCUAUAAUCAUCUCCUCUCUUACGAACGCCUACAAAGAUGAGACCGCCGAUCUCGCAUUGAUUCGCGGUAUGAUGUAAGUGCGCCCAAAUCCACCAGAAUCAGCAUGCUCCCAGAUCAAAUCUGCAGUUUAUUAUAAAAUUAGGCUCCGGGAAGCAGCGCGACAUGAAAUAGUGGCAAAGUCACUUUUGGAGGCCCCAAACUUCUGGCUUUUUUUUUUCACCGCAUCCAAGCAGUGUCACCUUUCACUCCGGGGAUCCAGGUAGCAAUCCUUCUUUUUCAGGACUUAGUGCAGCUAAAAAGUUUUGAGGUAACAGCAGAUGCAUUUGAGUUGCUAAAGGUCCUUCUCAUGGGACAUGGUGUCCUGGCUGCGAGGUUUAUCCAAAAUAAUUAUGCAGCCUUUGUGUGCCAUUUCAACCUUUUGCUUCAAUCAAAUAAUUAUGUGACAUGCCGUGAAAGUAUCCGACUCCUCGGCGAGCUCCUUCUUCUGCGUGAGAACUUCAGUAUUAUGAUGAGUUACAUUUCAGACCGUGAGAACCUAAAGAUACUUAUGAAUCUGCUCAGAUGCAAACGAAAACGCAUUCAAAUUGAAGCUUUCCAUCUCUUCAAGGUAGUCUUGCAAAUUCAGUUAAUGAGUCACCAUGGCGGAUGAUAAAGGUAUUUGUUGCAAAUCCCCGGAAACCCGUAGAUAUUACCCUCAUUCUGGUGAAGAAUCGAGAUAAGCUAGUUACAUACCUUCGUAACUUCCACAACGACAAGGACGCAGAUGCUCAAUUUGCUGAGGAAAAGGCCCUCGUUGUUGAGACUUUACUUAGCCUGGACGCUAUCGAACGCUAAAAUGGAUAGGAAAUUGAACGCGCUGUUGCUAGGCGUGAAACUGCCACCUCGACCAUGGGCCUGGCAUCUGCGACAGGUCUCCUUGAAGUCACUCGCGUGCCGAGGCUGUCAGCGCUGCAAAAGCUUUUCGUGGCAGCCGACAGCAUCACAAUGAACACACGCGCCCGCCACGCUGCUUGACGAAAUGUGUCCCGUAAGCCUAUGCGGUGGUGUUUGAGAGCAGCUGUUCACGAGGCCUAGGCCUCGAGCUCGUGGCCAAAAAGGUAUGAACUUCUUCUUACUGAUACCCGGACGGUGCGCUUUGCUAAAUUUAGCCAAACAAAGCGUCGCAAUUGGCAGGCCGCUAUUCGGCCGGAUCGUCGAGGUUGAUGUGAUUUGCGUGGUGUGAAUUGUAAUGAGAGACUCGGAGUCUAUUCCAGUGAAAAAUAAGAUGUUGGGUAUUAAAGUGCCCACCAGGGGUCCGUUUCGAUGCCCGAGGUCGUCCGGAGGGCUGCAUAGGAAGGGGAGGCGUGUAACUUGAAUAUGCGGC